CUACAGAACACAGUCUGCUGCAGUUUCUGUAAUAAUCCUGAGAUGUGACAGCUGCUAAGAAAUUCCAGUGGGGCAUACUGUGUAGCCACCGUAAGGUGGCAGACAAAGAAACGUCAUAUUUUAAGGGUGCCCAGAGGCUAGGGUGGGCGUGUUUAGCCCUUCUUUUUUGGGUGUUUUGUAGGUCCCUAUUACCUUAAUACAUACAGCCGUAAACGGAUUAACGUUUUCUAUUGUUAAUACCUAGUACCGUUUUUUUUUUUAAUUUAAUAAGAGCAGUAACAGUUUCUCAUUGGAUUACUUUUCACACUUCCGGUUCUCAACUUCGAACUCUGAAAACUGACAGUGAGACUGAUUUACCAACUACUAUGAAGAUUGUCUCCCAGCGCUGUAAAUAAAAUUUCCGUUUGCACAUCCUGAAGUGUUCUUCCUGACUGAAGACAUAUAAGGUUUCAAGAACAGAACAAGACAAUGACUCUUCAGUGGACCGCAGUGGCAUCUUUCCUUUACACUGAAAUUGCAGUGAUUUUAUUGCUUUGUAUUCCAUUUAUCUCUGCUCAAAGGUGGCAGAAGAUCUUCAAUUUCCAGUUUUGGGGGAAAAUUGCUACGUAUUGGAAUAGAGCAUUCUUGGCAAUUAUAGUUAUAUUAGUGGUUUUGUUUCUUGAUGCUGUGAGAGAAGUUCGAAAGUAUUCUGCUGUUCAUACAGUAAAUACAGAUUCAAAGCAGUUUCCUAAUGCAUAUGAUCAUGUCCACAUGAAACUUUUCAGAGCGCAAAGAAACCUCUAUAUCUCAGGAUUUUCCUUGUUUUUGUGGCUUGCACUUAGACGUUUGAUUACAUUAAUCACCCAACUGGCAUCAGCAGAUGGAAAUUCCGAUGCCUUGAAAUGUCAAGCAGAAUCUUCUAGUGAUGCUGCUAAGAAAUGCAUGGAGGAGAAUGAAGCAAUAAAAAGGGCAAUGAACAGAGGGAAGAGUGAUGAUCAGAGAAUCUUAUGUAAUGAAAAUGCAGAGCUUCAUAAACAUAUUCAGAAGCUACAAGAUGAAAUAAAGAAGAAUGCCGAAGCACUCAGAAAAUCUCAAAGUGAAGUACACGCAGUAAAGAAGCAGUCUGACGGCCUAAGUAGAGAAUAUGACCGUCUUAUUCAAGAGCAUGCAGAUCUUCAGAAACGUGUUGAUAAACUUGACAAGAAAGGCCACUGAUGAUAUUUUUGACCAGUUCCAAAUGACCCUGUUGCCAAGAAUAAGUGAAAUUGGAAUAUGUCUAAGAAAGUGCAAUGAACAUAUUUCUGUUCAAUGAAGAAUUCAUCGCUGGUGUAUGGUUUUGUGCAGAACAGAGAUACAGAAAUGGAGUAUAAUGGUGUUCACUUUCUGAAUCUGCAUUUUUCUUUUGUUUACUGAUGCUGAGAAUGCCGAACAUUUGGAUUUUACUUCAGAUGCACCACAAUAUUUUGAAUUGCCAUUUUGACACAGGGCUGCCUCAGGAAAAAUUGUAGUAAUUAAAUAAUUAACCAAUUUUAAACAUACUUGUUGGAUUUAAUUAUAUUUUAGAAGAUUAAAAAAAAAAAAAAACACUGCACACUUCAUUUGCAUGUUGUAUUAGUAUGACUGGAUCACAGUUUUUUUGCAUUUUGCCACAAUCCGUAACAUUACUUGAAUGAAUCAAAAUGUGUGACAAAAUAUAUUUUGUACACUGUAAAACAUUUGAAUGAUUCACAGCGUAUGACAUAACGUACUGAUAUACCAUUAAAAAAAUUAUUUGAAUGAAUCCCAAUGAAUGAGAAAAUGUAUUGAUACACCAAAGAAAUUGAAUGAAUCACAAUGUAUGACGAAAUAUUUUUAUACUUAUUAAUACACCAUAAUGAGCAGCCAUGCCAGACUAUGCCAGAGAUGAUGUUUUUGCAUUAAAGCUUGUAUGGUUAAGUACAGCUUGCAUAAAAACUGCUGCUUACUACUAUGAAUUGCUCAGGAAAAGGGAAUGUACUUCGCAAAGAUUAUUAAAUGCAGAAUUACAUUAUUCUUAGCUGGAUCUGUCAUGUACUGCUUGAACAGUAAUCUGGUUGAUGUGGACAUGCUUUUCUGUUUACAUUUGUUGGUAUACACUGAAAGAUUGUGUGUGUGUGUGUGUGUGUGUGUGUGUGUGUGUGUGUGUGUGUGUGUGAUCUUCAAGAUUCUGUAUUUAAGCAGUUUACAUACAAGUUGUUUUCUUCAAACCUGUUGUUGCAGCUUGCUAAUAUCUAUUUUUACAUUGCUGUUUACUUUUCAAAAAUAAAUUGCAAGAGUAAUUUUAAAGAGUACGUGUUAGAUUUUUUAAAAUUUUGCAACUUGAAAUGUUGAACAGUAAAUAUCUACUGUAAAGAUAAAGAAAGAUCAUAUCAAAUCAUGUUCACUGUGUUUUUGCUUUUCUAAUAAAAAUAUAAUUUGCCUGAA